AUGCAGCCAAACAAUGCCGAUGAAUGGAAGGAGCGCUUGAUCGGAAAAACUAUCCUUGGCGAGGACGAAGAAACAACCCUCUCAAGCAAACUCCCGAAGCCUUACAGACUGCUCGCUCCCGGAAGCAUCAUGACUAGAGACUUUAACCCCAACCGUCUAAACGUUUUUAUUGAUGAAGAAAAAGUUGUAACAAACGUCUAUUAUUGUUAA